AUGAUAGCAGAACCUGCUUUUCUCUCUGAGUAUACUAUCUUUGCUUUGGAUCCCACCAAACGAGCUAAGCCACAGAGUGAUGGUGUGAACUUAACUAAACCAUCGCUUCCCAGAUCCACAGAGAGCAAUGGCAGUCGACCAGCCUCCCCACAGGUGGGUGACAUUCAGUCUUUUGCCCAGAGGCUUCAGCUCCGAAUUCCCUCUGUGGAGUCUUUGUUUCAAAGCCCGCUAAGAGAGUCUCUGUUCCACUCUUCUUCUAAGGAGUCCUUAGUACAAACUUCUUCAGGAGACUCAUCGAAUCGACUGGACUUGGACACAGCCAGUCCCACCUUUGAGCCGCCUUCCGACAUCGAAAGUGAAACAGAAGAGCCCCUGGGAAAUAUGGACUGCUUCAGCAGAGAGCUGUUGCUGCAGCGACUGCACAAAAUGGAGUGCAAGUUGGACAACUAUAAGGAGAAAUACUCAGAGCUAGUGGCUGCUUAUCAAGUUCUCCAGCGGGAGAAGAAGAAGCUAGAGAAUGUUCUGAGUCAGAGUCAGGAUAAAGCGCUUCGCAGAAUUGGAGAACUGAGAGAGGAGCUCCAGAUGGAUCAACAAGCUAAAAAACAUCUCCAAGAGGAAUUUAAUGCUUCCUUAGAAGAAAAGGAUCAACUUAUUAGUGUCCUGCAAACUCAGGUAUUGUUGCUGAAACAGAAUAGUCAGAGAGGCACUGAAUUGCCUGAUCCAAAUAUUCAAUCUGAACCACAAGUUCAAGGUCCAACAGAGGAAAUCAGUCCAGAAAAUGCUGUGGAACCAGAAAGCGAUGUGGGUGAUGGAGGUUGUGUUAAAACAAUGGAAACUCUUAAUCGGAAGUUGAAGCACCAAGAGGACUUACUGCAACAUUGUAAGGAGAUGAUUCAGUCACAUGAGGAGCGCUGUGCCCAAUUAACUAAUGAAAAAGAGGCACUUCAAGAACAGUUAGAAGAGAGGCUUCAGGAACUGGAGAAGAUGAAGGACCUUCACAUGGCUGAGAAGACUAAACUGAUUACGCAGCUGCAUGAUGCAAAGAAUUUGAUUGAGCAGCUGGAACAAGACAAG